ACAUGUCCAGAGAAAAUCAGCGGACCUUCAAAAUUGUCUCCUAAACGUGGCCCACAGUCUGUCGUCCAGCAUCAUCUCAUUUGUCACCGGCUAUGUCAUCCAGUACGCUGGUUUCUUUUACACUCUCAUUAUUUCUCUUGGUCUUAAAUGUCUUCUUUUUGUUUUCGCAUAUGUCUUUAUCACGGAGACAGGUCAGCAGAGGAAGAGUUCAGGAUUUAUCACUCCACUCAAGAUCAUCUUAAGGAGAACGAGAAAUCCCAGAAAUCGUCGCUCUCUUUUCCUCGUCAACUUUGCCGUCGUGUUCACCGUCUUGUCCUUUGUCACUGAGGGCGAGGUGAUGAAGACCUACCAGAUGAGUCCGCCGUUUUGCAUGGACUCCGUGCAGCUGGGCUACUUGCACAGCGAGUCUCGUCUGAAGGGCAUCUUGACCAUUCCUGUCUUGUGGAUGUGGCGACGACUGGGUUUGAUGGAGUCGACCAUCGCUGCUGUUGGCCUCUACGCUGACAUCGCUUCGACUCUGAUGUUGGCAACUAUUCGGAAGAUCUGGGUCUUUUUUGUAGCUCCCAUUGUAGCCAUUCCUGGAUCGCUGUCAUCAUCCAUGACAAAAGCCAUCUCGUCACGGCUGGUUGGCCGUCAAGCUCUAGCAUCUUCGUUUGCCGUGAUGUUGGCCAUUGACACUGUGUUUGCAUUUGCCGGAGGACAGGCGGGUAACUACCUUUACCAAAAUUUCUUGAAAACACUGCCGACUGCUCCCUUCUACCUGGCCGCUGCCACCCUAGCAGUGUCUGCAGCCAUGUACUCACUUGAAACCAUUUUACAGCACGCAUACGCCAAGACAGACUCACGCAAAGCUGAGCUACAUGCAUAA